UCUCACAAAAAACUGAGAACAUUCAACAUCGCAGAUAAAUAUUUCAGUCAGUAUUUUACUUAAUUUUAAUCGCAAAACAAGUAGUUAAACGUGAAGUUCUUUUCCCAAAAUUAAUAAUCAUCUGUUGCAUGUACAAAGUGUAUGAAAUUGAUUGUGAAGAAUUGAGUAUUUAAGCGCUUCAAAUAGAAUUUCACAAUUUCCAGAAGUUGUUUUUGUGUUUUUUUUCACGGUCGAUCCCAAAAAAAGAGAACAAAAAUUUGACAAGAAAACCUAUUUAGAUACCGCUGAAGGCGAAAAAAAAUUAGAAAUCGAAAGUCAUUGUGAAAUUACAAUUAGUAAAACAAGAAGAUCAAAUAGCUCAUAAUCAUCAUGACAUCGGCAGUUUUCAACAAAUAUGACUCAUUAGUAGUUGGAACUGGUAACAUUCUUGAAAAUGAGGAAUUCAAAAAGGCAAAAAAUCCAACUCAAGAGAUGCUGAUUUGUGUCAAACCACGAAUUAUUGAAUUGGAACAAAAACAAGGAACUCUUUCUUCCAAUACAAAAGAUUUAGUUUCUUUAGUUUGUGAUGAGACGGAGGUGAAUGGCAUAGAAAAUGAAGCGGGAAGUAUUAAAAUCGUCGCGAAAAUCUUCCUUAAUGAGUUUGCUGAAAAUUCACUUAACGAGGCGAUUGAAUAUCUUUUGAAGAAUUGUUCAACAACGCCUUCUGUCAUUCUUGCUUAUCAUCCAACAUCAAGAACUGACAGUGAAAAGUUCAUUUGGGCAGACAAUAAUAUUAAAUGCAAAGGAAAUUUCAAAUUUCUCUGGAAGAAAUUGAGAGUAGCAAGAGAUGCUGGAAUCAUCGGACAACUUGGCAUUGCUGACAUGGAUUUAGACACGAUUCUUGACAUUUUUGACGAUAAGAACUUCGACUUUACAAUCCUGCAGAUUAAUACACAAACAUGUUGUGUUGUUCCACCAGAAUUGCAGCAAUUCUGUAAAGAUCACGACAUUCAAUUGCUGACACAUUCAGAUCCUCAAGUUAUUUUCCCAUCACAUCAUCUCGACGAAAUUAGUCUUAAAGACUUUAAAAUGAAGUGGACAGUACGUUACCUUGAAACGCUUGUAUGUCGCGGUAUUCUUACAAAGAAAGGAUUUAUUGUGAAAUUUGUGAAGGCUUUAAACGUCAAAAAGAGCGAUAUUUAAAUUCAACCAUCCAUAUUUCUUUCAACAUACAUAUUUUUGUUAAUGUUCUACAUAAUUGUUCGUGGUGAAGAAGAGUAAAAAAGUUUUUAAAAGAAACACAAAUUUGUGACAGUUCCAAGUGAUUUUCUGGUGAAGUCUUUAAAAUUUCUUCAUACAUCUGGUCUUGCUUUUGAGAGCUGACUGGCAUCGGCCUCCAAAUUGCAAUUGCCAAAUCGUUAAACAUGUUCAGAUUUCUCUUUUCUUUAUUUUGAUGAUUUAUGUUCAACAUAUGACUGCAUUUUAUGAUGGAUUUAAUUUUUCAAUAAUCCCCUCCGACUCAUAAGAGAACAAUAUUAAAAGUUAUGACUAUUCAUUGAACAUUCUUGACUUUAAUUUAUCGCAUUCGAUUACAACGAUUGAUAAGCAUUUCAUUAACUUAACGCAAUUUUUCCAGAAGAGUGAAAUUAUUAAACUUAUUUCGUUGCUGAUUCUGGAAGAAAAUUUUAAAUAUUGAAAAAUUACAGAGAAUUGUUGUAGCCUAAACUAGAUAUUUUUUAGCGACAUUAUUGUAAUAAAUUACUAUAAAUCUGCAUGAUGUAGAUGAGAAGAGAAAAAAAUUUAUUUUUAUUAUCAAUCACCUCAUGUAAAACAAAUGAAUAUAUUUCCAAAAACUCUGUGUCUUAAAUAAAAUUCUUAUCACGAA